UGUUACUGCAGUGUAUGCAGUCUGCAUCUCUUCACCCUUCACCACGUAAUUGGACUGUAUGUAGCUGCUUUUGGAUUGAUCAUUCUUGACUUUUUUUCUUGGAUAUAAAUGACUGAUUUCCAAAUGGUUUCCUCAGAUUUUACAGCAGAUGAGAGGAUGGAGAUCGAAAGCAUAAAGACGCAUAAGAAAGAUCUUCUGGAUGAUAUCCAGAAGUUGAAGAUGGAGAUCGACAACGUCAUGGCAGAAAUACUCAGCUUUGAGUCUUCAGAGGAAAACAAGACUAUUGAGAAGAGCAAACGGUUCUCUAAUGGUAAGAAGAAAUUCAACAUGGACCCCAAAAAGGGGAUCACUUACCUGGUGGAGAAUAAGCUGCUGGAUGGGAGUGCUCAAUCCAUCGCUGAGUUCCUCUAUAAGGAGGAGGGACUGAACAAGACAGCUAUUGGAGAAUUUCUUGGAGAAAGGGAGGAGCUCCACCUGCAGACCCUGAAGGCCUUUGUGGAGUUGCACGAGUUCUCCGACCUCAACCUGGUCCAGGCCCUCAGACAAUUUCUGUGGAGUUUCCGUCUGCCGGGUGAAGCCCAGAAGAUCGACCGCAUGAUGGAGGCCUUUGCUACACGCUACUGUGACUGCAACCCUCAUGUCUUCCAGUCGACAGACACAUGCUACAUCCUGUCAUUUGCCAUCAUCAUGCUCAACACCAGCCUGCACAACCCCAACGUGAAGGACAAGACCACCCUGGAGCGUUUCAUCUCCAUGAACAGAGGCAUCAACAACGGAGAUAAUCUCCCUGACGACCUGCUUUCGAAACUGUACGAGAGCAUUCACAACGAGCCUUUCAAAAUCCCAGAGGAUGAUGGGAAUGAUCUCACACACACCUUCUUCAAUCCCGACAGAGAAGGCUGGCUCCUCAAACUCGGAGGGCGAGUCAAGACGUGGAAGAGGCGCUGGUUCAUCCUUACUGACAACUGCCUCUACUACUUUGAAUUCACCACUGAUAAAGAGCCCAGAGGCAUCAUCCCUCUAGAGAACCUGUGUGUGAGAGAAGUUCCAUAUCCUCGUAAACCGUAUUGUCUGGAGCUGUACAACCCGAACAGUCGCGGGCAGAAGAUCAAAGCUUGCAAAACGGAGACAGACGGUAGAGUAGUUGAAGGGAAGCACCAGUCGUACACCAUCUGUGCAGCCAGCGCAGAGGAGAGAGACUCUUGGAUCGAGGCCAUCAGAGCCAGCAUCACCAAGGAUCCUUUCUAUGAUUUGGUCUCAGUACGUAAGAAGAAGGUGAUAAACCAAGCUCCCCAGGACUGAGCUGCCCACUGCCCCCUCAUGGACAUAUAAAGUACCUCACCCCAGUGGGAUUCAGUCCUCUUCAAGUUGCAGUAAAUAUACAACUGUAAGGGACCCUGGAGCUCUGAAUCCGAGCUCUGACUUUGGGCUAAAAGAAGGACUUCUCUUUCCACUUCUCUUUUUACAGACUGAACUUAACUGUGUCAAAGGGAAGAGACAGUGACUCAUGUUUGUUGCUCUAUCAGCAUGAAAAGCUGCAACAAGUUUGUGUGCUGAUAAUGGGAACUGAAUCGUUCUCAGCACAAGUGUAAAGAUGUAAUCUAUUCAUCUGUUAAGAUUUGUUUUUCAAAAUGUUGCUGUGUAGUAGUGUCAGAUUUUCUUCUAACAUGAGACAUUGAUUCUGGGAUGUUGUCCCGUCGCUCUACAAGAUUUUAGAAUAUGGAAGAGAAAUUGAUCAAGCCCAACAGACAGCUUCCUAAAAUGUUCUCCUGAAGCUCCAAAAAUGGAUGUAUAGAGGUAAAAUAACAAUUAAAUGUUCUCUUCUGUACGUCUGAAGAUGUAAAUAUUGAUUUUUUUUAAAGCUUUUUUGGGGAGAUAUGUUGUUGAUGUUGUUGUAGAGUUUCUAGUACUUUAUAGAUCGAUCAAGAACACUUGUUCUGACAGGUCGAACCUGCAUUUUCUUUUUUAUUGUAAUCGACAUUUUUUUGCACAGUGCAAUAACCUACAGCAUGCAUAUAUCUGCUUUGAUUUAACUGCAAAUAUACACUUUAAAUGUAAUGUAAUUUCCACGUCACUUAAUUAUUUAAUAAAAAGGUAUUCAGGUGCUUGUAGACAUGUUGACUGGAUCCUGUUUUUUUGGUUGUAACAACUGUGUUUCUAGAUUAACAACUCUGAAACUUCGAGACCACACCUCACUUCCUCAUGUUUACUGCCUCUACAUUUUCGAUGUGUGUGUAUGUAGACAUGCUCGGUUCACAUCCUUGUGUGUGCUUCUGUACUAAAAUCAACUUGAUGGUUUAAUGCAAUAUCCCAAAUAGAGGUUUCAGAAACCAUCUAAGCUGCCUUUAACCUACUUCAGAUCAUAUUUCACAUCUUGUUUAACAUCUUGUUGUUGUUGUUAGUGUAUUAUAAAUAUGUCUGCGUUAAAAUAGUUCUAAAUUCUGUAAGAAUAUUCUUGUUAACAUAUAAUUGUGCCAACAUCAAUACAAAAAUGUUUUCGAGAGUUUCAGCUCCAUAUAACGGCAAAUUAAAAAAAAAGUCAAAUGCUGUAAAACAGUUCAAAUGAAAAGAUACGAGAAUGAGUUAUACUCUUGGCAUUAUGAUCGUCCUCAUAUUAUUAUACAAUAUUUUGUUACCAUAGUAUGAAGAGAGGAUUGUGUUGUCGAGCUAAUGCUAGCGCUUUCAUAGUUAGUUAAUGAUCUUUUUCAUUCACAGAUGAACUAUUAUUUACAAAAUGAACAUCAGUGAAGAAGACUUCAGUUAGAUUGAGAUCUUAAACUGUUUAAGAAAAUGUUUUACUAAAGUAAUAAUAAUACUUCUACUACUUAGUAACUUCUGGAGGCCACAUACACUUCUCAUAUACGUUUGAUGGUUGUAAAUACUGUAUGCCUUUGAGUUUCUAAAGCACUCCAAAACAUUUUCAAAUGUGGUACGUUUAAUGUGACAACCAUCAGCAAGAACACACAGCCACUGUUUAUGUUUGUGUCUCUGUCAACCAAUGUAGUUUAUGUUGUUUGAUCAUUACUUUUUUGGUUUUUGUUCCUCAUUUUGUUUUUAUGUAAAUUUGUAUACCACCAACCUACAGAUGGAAAUUAGCCUACAGCUAUAACCUUUCCUAUUUACAUGUUUAUGUUCAUUUAUGUUGACUAUCCCUAUUUUAAACAGAAGAAUAAGACAAUUAAAUGCGUAAAAAGAUAA